AUGUCCAAUCUGUCCCACGCAAAAAUUGUUCCUCGUCCCUCCAAGACCAGGGGAGCAGCUAAUCAUGGCUGGCUCGACACCAAACACACCUUCUCCUUCGGUGGCUGGUAUGAUCCGGAAUACUCACAAUUUGGAUCCCUCCGAGUAUUAAACGAAGAUCGCGUCAUGCCAGGCGAAGGGUUCCCAACCCACUUCCACAACAAUGCCGAAAUCUUUUCUUACAUCCUGUCGGGCGAACUAACUCACCGCGACUCCAUGCAAAAGAAGGGGGCAGAAAGCGAGGACAAGAACAAAUUUUACCGGCUACACCGCAACGACGUCCAAUUCACAACGGGCGGAAAAGGAAUCUCUCACAGCGAGUACAACGAACACGAGAGGGACUGGGUUCAUUUUCUUCAGAUUUGGGUCCUUCCCUGGAAGAGGAACUUGCCCCCCAUUUACCACACCAGCACAUUUCCCGAUCAAGACAAGCGCAAAGACUUUGUCAACAUCAUUACACCAUUAAAGGCAGGUCCCAAAGCUACCUUGGAGGAUGAGAAGGCUGCUGUACCAGCCAAGGAUGGAACCAUCCCAAUUCAUGCAGAUGUUGUAUUUAGUGCAGGCAUCAUUCCUCCGGGUAGUGCAUUUCAAUACCAGGUGGGCGCCGGCGAUGCUGUGACAUCCAGGUCAGAUCGGAAGGUGUACAUCCACCUACCGGAAACCAAGGGUGGAAAGGCCAAGAUUCGGUUGGACGGACGAGAAGAUGCCGUCUUAGAGGAGGGUGACGGCGCAUAUGUGAGUCAUGUCAACGCUAACGACAUGCUCAAGGUUGAAAGCGUGGGAGAGGAUGAGGCCGAGGUGGUGGUCAUUGACUCGGAGUGA